AUGUUUGAUUUAUUCAUGCUGUAAUUUUUUUUUUCUGUUUCUUCUUUAUUUGUUUUUUUUUUUUUCGUUAUUUUGUGCCUCUUUUUAAAUGAAGAGAUAAAAAUAACCCUGAACAUGCAAAAGGGCAAAAAUAAUAUUUGUAAAUGAUAACACUUCCACCUGUAUGUAUUUUUUCUGAUGGUUUUUUUUUUUUUUUUUUUUUCCCCGUUUCCGUUAACUUUUUCAAAGUUUGAAACUUUGCCAAAUGACAAAGCUGGGAUGUGCUUACUAAGGGAAAGUCAGAAUAAACAUGUGGCGCAUGCAUAUGCAUACACGCGUAUGUACAUGUGACUGCUUAUAUUUAUAGAGCUUCCAUUAGUCCCUGUAAAUAUCGGAGGACACGAAAAGGAACAUUUGGAGGGGUCCAUUUGGGGGGAGGCCGCUUUAUGACCCGUUCGGUUGGAAAGCUCACAGCUAACUUGAAAAUUUUCUUCAAAAAAAAUGGCGCUAAAUCCGACGUUAAUUCAAGGACAGGAGUUCCUAUUCCCUGCCAACAAAGGAUCAGAGUUCACGUACCUGCGAAGAGAGGACGUCAAAAUGAAGCUCUACCUCCCCGACAGAACGAUAAAGGAAGAUGGAAUGAUUUUCCUAACGAGCAUACGUCUGGUAUUCAUCAAGAAUGAGCGAAGCAGAACGAACGCAAAUUUCAUAUCGGUAGAGUUUCCACUGAAUCUGAUAGAGAAGCCUAAAUUUGAGCAGCCCGUUUUUGGGUUGAAUUAUCUGUCUGGUGUAGUGAAACCGUUAAUGGAUCAUCCCAACAGUCUAAAGAGUCCGUGCAAAUGGAACCUUGUUUUUAUGAAUGGACAGUGUAGUAGUUUCCUUAAUUAUUUUUUUAAAGUAUAUGAGGCAGCGAAGAGAAACAGACCCUUAGGUUCCCUGAGCGAAUUUAAUGAGCAAUUUUUUUCAAGUAGCAAUGCAUAUGUGGAUCCCAGUGACCCCACCUUUUUAUAUAUAAACGAACCGAAUCCAGAAAACCUUUACAAUACACAAGGAAUGACGCAAAAUCAUUACAUUUCUCCAAACAGUCAGAGCAGCCAAGAGGUGCCAGUGUAUAAGAGGCCAUACGUUUCUCAGCAGAGCAGUAAUAGCGGUUCUAGUAACAUGCAGUCUUAUAAUCAGCCCAAUUAUACGGGAAGCUACGACUAUGCUGGUGGUAGUGCCCCCUACGGUCAUCUGCCAUACGGGGCAAGUGGGGCUAACGGGGCUACCGGGUCAGGGUAUGCGAGCCAGAGUUAUGAAGCCCCCAAUUACGGACACGCAAACAUGAAUGCAAAUAUGAAUGCAAAUGUGAAUGCAAACCCGAAUAGCAACUUAUUAUCUCACUACAACCAGCAGGGUAACAGGAAUGCCUACCCCCAUCAGGAAAAUACAAUGUCCCAUUAUAAUCAGCAUAGUGGCUUUGUAAAUUAUGUCCAGCCAGAUAACAGAAAUGGGUAUGACCAACAAAAUGGUAACUCUGCACCUCACGGCCAACGCGUAUACCCACUGUAUAAUCAACCGAACAAUCAGCAAUACAAUCCUGCUUAUAAUGAGCAGCUUAACAAUAUGCACAAUCAGAACGGGGGUGCCUCCUCUUAUCCUUCCAAUCAACAGUCGGGGGAGCGUAACGGAGGACAGACAAAUAACUAG